AUGUAAAAAGUAUAUAUUAUUCUUAGCAAUUCAGAACGAUUAUGGUUUUAGAGUGGAUGAAAAAGUGAAGAAAAUUGAUAAUGAACAUUAUGAUGAGGCGAUUGAAUUGGAAGAUGGAGAUGAUGGAGAAAUUGGAAGUGGUGAAGAAGAUGAAGAUUAAUGUAACUUUUUUACCUACUAUUCUAUUAGAUUAAGCUGGAGCUAGAGGAGCCCAAUAAGCUGCAUAAAGUGUCGGGUUUAAGAAGGAAAGGUUCCUUUACCUGCUGGUGCUUACAAUCCAAAUGAUUAUUCAAAUUUAUAAGUAGGUGCAGAAGUCAAAUAAUUGUUUGAGUAUAUUGCUAGGUAUUUCUAUUUUUAAUUUAAGAUACAAUAUAUGUCUGCAUCAAAAUAAUAUUCUAUAUUACAACUAUUCAAAGCUCCUUAAGUGGUUUUGGGAGCAAAAUUAAAACCAUUUAUUCCAGAUUAUGUACCUGCUAUAGGUGAAGUUGAUGCAUUCAUAAAAAUGCCAAGACCUGAUGGCUAACCUGAGACACUUGGUUUAGUUACAUUAGUAAUCAUCUAUAUAAUUUUCAGGAUGAACCUGCUCUUAAUCAAUCAAAAAGGCUAAAUUAGAUUUAUUGAUGAGAGAAUAUGUAAAGGUAGCAAAUAGGGGCAAAAAUACUACUAUUCAUGCUAUUGAAAAUGUGAUAAAAAUCAAAAGGAAAUUACAGCCUGGAUUAAUGAUGUGGCAGAAAUACAUAAAAAAAAGUAACCUCCAUCUAUUUCAUAUUCUAAAAUUAUGCCUGAUAUUGAAGAAUUAAUGUAAGUCUGGCCUUAAAAAAUCGAAGACCUAUUCUAAAGCACUUAAUUACCAGGUGAUAAUAUUGAUAUGGAUUUAUAAGAAUAUUGUUAAUUCUCAUGCAAUUUGUUAGAUAUUCCUGUUCAUUCAACUAAUAAUAAUAGAAAUAUCUAUUAAAAAAUUAUUUUCAUAUUAAUAUUUCUAUUCAGAUUUAAUUAAUUUGAAAAUAUCUAUUAUCAUUAUUGACGAAAAAAAACUAUAAUUUUCAAAUUUUAAUUAAUAUUAAAAUUGUUUGCUAUUUGAUAAAUCCAUUUCAAUUUUGGAAAAAAUGAUAUUAACUAAAUUAUACAAUGAUUUACAAAAAACAAGUUGA